CCAGAGGCACAGAAGACCUAGAAAACAACCAAAUCUUGAUUGCAAUGACGCCAUAAGCAGCAAUUAGAUAAAUGAUCAAGUAACUUGCAGGCUGUUCAAGGAGGGAAAUGUACUUUGUUUGCUAAGACUACGGCGUCCCCACUUGGUUUCCUGCCCACGCUGUCACAACGCUUUUCCGCGCCAUUCAAGGCCAGUCAAGCAACGGAAUCGACAGACUGGGGAUCACCCCUGACGGCGGAGGUUAGCACGGAGAUAAGCGGGAUUGACAGCCGACGGACGGGUACCUCUAGACGGGAGACUAAAGGAUCCCGACGCCAAUGGCCCCGCCGCCGCCGCCGCCGCCGCUGCUGUCUUCAUCUUUAUCAGAUACUCAAUCCCCCGGCUGUUUCCAGCAACUCUUCUCGGGACAACGAACCCCCAAAAAAACUAGGUUGGAAAUCCAAAAUGUUCAGAUCCCUCCUCUCCAGCGCCAAAUCCUUGGCCAUUGGCGACUCAGGCAACAAAGCCACCAAACCCGAGGAUCUCUUCCCCGUUGUUUCCAAGGAGGUUGACGGCGACGACUGUGACCACGAUUGCGCGACCUGCACCAUUACGUACCCGCGCUCCUUCAAGAUCGACGAGGAGGAUGAGUUGUUUGGUCUGAUCAAAGGGUGGGCAACUCAUGUGCUGGUGGCCACGGGGAAGACGGACUGGGUGCGCGAUGUGGCGGAUGAGAAGGGGAGUGUGAUGCAGGCUAUUGCGGGGGCCAAGGCGCCUGCUAACGGGAAACUAAUGCUCUCGGCCUCCAACAUCCCCACCCCCCACCAUCCCCCUUCCUACUCGGAACCCACCACCCUCCUCCUCCUCCCCGCCUUCAUCCUCAUCGAAAACGUCACCCCAGCCACCGUCCCCUUGGUUUUGGAAAAAAUCAUCUCUCAAGCUCCGACCAACAGCACCCCUCUCGCCCCCUUCAGUCUUCCGCGCUCGCUCGAGGCGCCCCUCCCCGAAGCUCCCCCCGCCUACAUCAAGGAACUCACCACCCGGCCCGGCCCGCACCAAGCCUUGAUCCUGCUAUGCUCGCAAAAGACGCGCGAUGCGCGAUGCGGACAGAGCGCGCCGCUGUUGAGAAAGGAGUUGCAGAGACAUUUGCAGCCGCUGGGGUUGUAUCGAGACUUGGACGACGAGCGGCCGGGUGGAGUGGGGAUUUAUUUUAUCAGUCAUGUGGGCGGGCACAAGUACUCUGCGAAUAUGUUGGUGUAUAGGCGGCCGGAUGCUUUUGGGUUGGAUCAUGUGGAGAGAGCCAAAGAAGGAGGGGAUGGGGAACUCAAGCCGAAGAAGCCUGAGGAGUUGAGGAGGAAACAAAGGGGGUUAUUAAGGAAGGGGAGGAGGAACGGUGAGGUGGGUGCGGCGCAAUGUAUCUGGUUGGCCAGAGUCAAGCCGGAGGAUUGUGAGGGUAUCGUCAAGUUUACCGUGUUGCAGGGCAAGGUGAUUAAGCCGCAGAGUCAGCUUAGGGGAGGGUUUGAUAGGCAGAGGGGGGUGUUGAGUUGGUGAUGUCGUUUCCAGCCUUGUUUUUUUUCCCCCAGGUAUCAGUGUUUUAGCCAUGAAGUGUACAUAUAGACCAAGUUCUCAAGAGUCACUAGUAGGUAUCAUGGUGAUGCGAUUGGAGACGGACAUGUCUGAACUGAAAGUGGGGUCAAUUGGGGAAGCCAGCAUUCACCACCAACGAAUCCAGCCAUUCUUCAAC